UGGCGGCGGGACAAGAUGGUGUCGCCGGGCGCGCUCCGCGUGGUGCGCUGCGGCGGCGGCGGCCAGCGCGGCGCCAGGGCCGUGUUCUCCGCCGACUCCAAGUACCUGCUGUACGCCUCGGGGGACUUCGUGAAGGUGCACAGCGUGAACACUGAGGAGACUCUGGGGCUCCUGUGCGGCCAUGCCGAUCUGGUGACCGGCAUCCAGCUCAACCCACACAACCACAUGCAGGUCUAUUCUUCCUCUCUUGAUGGCACCAUUAAGCUGUGGGACUUCAUGGAUGGCAUUCCUAUUAAAACUUUCACUGUAGGAUCCAAACUUCUGGCACUGUACGCGCUUGCCAGUGCUGAGGACUCGGUGUUUGUUGUCAUUCCAAAGAAGGGUGAACGAGAUACAUUCCAGCUGGUCUCAGUUAAGCUGCCAAAAGGAGCAGGCCAGGAUCUGGAAGGCAAGGAGCUCUCAGUGGUUCUGGAUGGUGUGGGUGCGUCAUCAAAGCAAAUUGCGUUUGGAAGAGAAGAUUCAUAUGUGGUGUCAGUGAAGGAUGUGGAUCUCCAGGUUUAUUUUUUUAAACAGAAAUUGUUGAACAGGUUUUCUUUGAGUACAGCAAAGACAAAAGGAGACAAUCGCUUCAGUUGUGUCGUGUGCCAUCCUACAGAGGAUUGCAUUGCAACUGGCCAUGCUGAUGGAAAGAUUCGCCUCUGGAGGAAUUUCCACCACAAGAAAGGAUACACAUAUUCAGCACUGCACUGGCAUCAUGAUACUGUCAUGGAUCUGGCUUAUUCUUUGGAGGGAACCAGGUUGCUGAGUGGUGGAGUUGAAUCUGUUCUAGUCCAGUGGCACAAUGAAUCUUCAUGCCAGAAGGAUUUCCUGCCUCGUUUGGGGUCUCCCAUCGAGUGCAUCUCCCUGUCCUCUGACGGCGUUCUCUGCUGCACCCUGCACACCGACAACAGAAUUUCAAUAAUCAACAGCAACCUAAGGUUUUCCAGAAGUAUUCAAGGGCUAAUCAAAAGUAGGGAUGUCAAGACUGGCCUAGUAGUUGAUCCUAGAACCAAAGCUUUGGUCCUGAAUGGAGAGCCAGGCCACUUGCAGUUCUAUUCCCUCCAGACUGACCAACAAUUGUUCAGUCUGGACAUCGUGCAGCGGCAGUACAUCCACCAGGCGGGCCUGAAGCAGUCGGACCUGGUGAAGGUGGCGUUCAGCGCCCGGGGCACCUGGCUGGCCACGGUGGAGGAGAGUGAGGAAGUGGCUGACCCCGAGCUGCAGCUGAAGCUGUGGUUCUACACUGAAGAAACACAGAGCUUUGCACUGAACACCAGAAUAAACACACCCCAUGACAACCACAUCACAGACAUGUGCUUUCGUGACAUGGAUGAACUGGGAGAUGACUCUCUCAUCCUGGUAACAACUGGCAGAGACUGUGUGUUUAAAGUCUGGGUGAUGGUAGGAGACUCUGAUCCAGAAGCACACCAGAGUGUGAGCUGGAGCUGUGACUUUGUGGGCAGCUACCACAACUACCAAGCUACAAACUGCUGCUUCUCAGAAGAUGGCUCUUUGCUGGCUGUUAGCUUUGAAGAAACUGUCACUGUAUGGGAUUCACUUACUUGGGAUCUUAAGUGUACAUUUUGCCAUCCACCUGGAAAUAUAAGGAACAUCUGCUUUGGGAGACUAACAUGUUCCAAGUACCUUAUUGGUGCCACUGAUUAUGGCUUUCUGUGUUGCUGGAACCUGCUCACUUGUGCAUUGGAGUGGAAUGCCCACCUCAACGUCGUGGUUCUGCAACCUGAUCCCCUUUCUGAGCACAUUGCUGCAGUCUCAUGGCUCUCCAAAGAGUCCAGCUUGUUUGUGUUUAAACCAAGUGAGCCAUGGCCAGUCUACAUCCAGAGAAAUCUUUGUAAAGACAAGAUCCUGCUUGCUGCCUUCGUUCCAAGAGAUGAACCUGAAAUGAUUAGCUCAGAAAAAUACCUUUGGCUGAGAAAAUCCCAGCUGUUUUUUCUUACAGAUACACAAGAGCUGAUGACACUUAGCACAAAGCCUCUGGAAGAAAGGCUCACACCAUCAAGCAAACAGCUGGCAGUAGAAGAAAGUCUUCCUGUGACACCAUUUAGUGUGCUGCUGGGAAAGCACAGACGUCAGCAAGCACAGGAGGAUACAGACCUUGGAAAACCAGUUGUUCAUAAUAAGCAGGAGCAAGCUUCACCUGCUGUCAAAGAGCUUUUGCACACUCCAGCACACGUUUUGCCAUCUGCUUCCUUCCUCUGCACUAUAUUUAUUAACUCAUUGCUCAUCUCCAAAGAGAACAAAAGUGCUGAAGAAGUUGCUGAUGAAGUAGAAAUGGAAAGUGAAAAAGCAGAGGAUGAUUCAGAUGAGGAAGAUGUCACAGAAAUGGAACAACAGGAUACAAGCCAUAUGGAAUUAUUAGGAGAGAUUACAUGUAAACUGUCUAAAUCCCAGGAAAAGGAGCUACGAAAAAUAAGAAAAAUGGACUACAGCUGGAUAUCAGCCUUCUAAACAGACAUCUUACUUUUUUUAUACUGCAAGUUGAAGCUUUGUGGAUUAAAUAUUCUUUUAAAUUUUUUUCAGGUCCUCUGGCCAAAAAUUUUAUCAGCUUCUCUUUCCAAAGGAAUGCGGAACAAGGGGGAGUGAUUAAAGUUUUGAAAAGCUGAUUCUGCUCUUAGUUUAUUACUGAUUCUCUGUGACCUUAGAAAAUGCUUAACCUGGCUUGGGGGCUCCCCACCCCCUUGCAAAUGUAUUUAAAAGGCUAAUAGCAAAACUGAGUUCAUUAUCUGGCUUGUGAUCAGUUAGCAAAGUGACAGCUCAGCUGCUGAAAAUCUUCCCCACUGGGGCUGGGUUACUGCUGCCAAAGGCAGCCACAAAUGCCUUCAGUUGGUGACAGAGCUUAGCUCAAGGUGUGGCAGGGGAGCUCAGGUGGUUCUUGAUGCUAUAUGCAGGUAAGUAACAAGUCUCCUCCCAGAAGUUCCUGUCCAGCUGUUGAGACAGAUGAGAAGUGGUUAAACAUGUGUGGUUAGAGAAUAUUUAAUCUUUUGUGGAGUUCAUAGAGUAUGGAGAUUCUCAGGUGGAGGGUGCACAAUGUAUGAGCACUACGGAACCUUUCCAGAUACCAAGACAGCUGCAUCAUGCAGGAGAUCCAUCAGUUUAUGCAACAGCCAGUUUAACAGCCCUUUAAUGCAUCAGUUGCAAUUCCAGUAUCUCACUUAACUAUAGCAGAGUGUAGAAUUGGUUUGAAGUGGUGAAUUUGUGGGCCCAAGUUGGAAUACAAUCUCCAUGGUGCUGCAGUAUGAAGGCAAGCAGAUGCAAAUGGUACAGGUCACUAAAAGCCCUGAAGAAACAAUAUUUUGCUAAAACUAUUCAGAUUUAAAAUGCUGGAGAAAGAACAAUCCAACAUUCAGUGAAAGCUGAGUUCUCCCUACUCUACCUUUCAAACAAAGUGGAGGACCCUUUUCUUCCUCUCCUGUGUUAACAUGAUAUAGUGGGAGGCAGUUAGUGGCAACACUUUUAACUUUUUUGGGGGAAAUUAUCCUACAACAGACAAAAUCUGUCGCUUCCACCCAUGAAUAGAAAUACUGAAAUUCAUCCUUAGGCAUCAAGGAAAGCAGCUCAGAAUCAUUUUCCUAGCAGGUUUACCUCUCCCAUUUUAACACCACUACUUAAAAUGGUGAGGCACAUUUUCUUCUAUCAAAGAUUAUUUACUAGGACUAUCAUUACUGAGAUUUUAAAGGAAAGUUUUGCAUAAUUAGGUAUUUUCCUGUUUAGGCCUUGGUAUGCAGAAAAAUAACAUUUUAAAACCUGUAAAGAUUUUUCAAAGUUAGUUUGUAAGUUCAUGUCUUUUAUUUCUAUCACAGGGAGAGAAGGGAAACACACUACCACAACUCUGGCCAGUUUUUUGCUUUUGCAUUUUGCUCCCUUUGUUUAACAACUUUUUAGAUAACCUCAUAUGUAGCUGAAGAAAAAAAAUCACAGCUCCCCAAAUGUCAGCAAUUUUUACUUUCAUCGCUGUUACCUGCAGAGCUGAAACUGAUACAACCUCUUCAUAACGUUGGACCCAGUGGAUUUUUCCCUAAAAGUUUCAAUGGAAAAAAUAGGGAAAAUUAUUUAAGAUUGUAACUGACAAGUGAUAGGUUUUGAAAACUCAGAAACAUUAAGAAAAUACAGGAAAAUAAAAAGUAAAAAGAUUCCCCUUCCAAAAUAUGCACCACACUAGGAAAGACACGCUGAAAGGUUUUGGAAUUUUUUUCUUAAAUACCAUCAGACUUCAGCUCUGUGAAAAACAAGUGUGAGUUGAGCAGAGAUCUGUACACAUGUUGUUGCAAAAGUGCUGCUUCAAAGUCUGCUGUUGUGUUACUGUGUCAGCAACAUUCAAGUGUGGCUUUAAAGGAGGAAACCUUAAUAUCUGUUCAUGUGGGAGUUUUUUAAAUUCACAUGAAAGUCAAGUGCUUUUCUGGAAGCCAGGCUGGCAUGAGCAAGAGACAAUUCACGUGCAAGUCAGCAUCUGAAGGUGCAAUUCAGUUUUGUGUGUAAUGCAUUGUGUUAGAAAUCUUCAUCAAGAUGCAGCUUUUAGACUUAAAUCUUUUGUUAUUACUGACUUGGUUUUGCUUUUCCCAGCAGACUGAAGGUACUGGGAUAACAGAGGGCCCUCACUUUGUAGUUCUCUGUGUGUGUAUUUUCUGCUCAAGAAAGAAAUACAUUUCUGGUUACAGUUUUACUACAGUUAACAGGCACAUUCUUGACCAACCUUUUAGAAAAUGUCUUCUGACUGAUACUGCAAUUGCAACAAUAAAGAAUACAGAGGGAGGGCUGCUA